AUGUCUGCGGCAGGCGAGGAUGCUAGCAGGCCGAAGAAAAAGGUAACACCCGAGAUAGCUAGUAGUCGCCCCCCGAAUGCUAGCAGCAGGACGUCUCGCGCUCGAGGUCCUCAAGAAACAAACAACUACCGCGCACACGGCUUCAGCAGACUCCCGGGGGAGACUGAAGAUUACACCAAGUGGACCGUGCCUAAGCUUCGCGAGUUUCUAAGUGCUACUGGUCGGAAAGGGUAGAGCGAUGUACGCACACACGCGAACCUAUGUUGGUCCGCAUACAAAAGAGACCACACACCACGUUCCGCUUCUGACCCAGCGCACAUGCAAACGGCUGCUGUUAAUAAAGUUCGGGGCGGAUAUCNCUUGACGUUUCGUAAUAUUUCUGCCAGACUGCCGUUACUGGCAUCCGAGUGCGCCUGUCGACCAUCCAGCAGCAGGUAGAGCGAUGUACGCACACACGCGAACCUAUGUUGGUCCGCAUACAAAAGAGACCACACACCACGUUCCGCUUCUGACCCAGCGCACAUGCAAACGGCUGCUGUUAAUAAAGUUCGGGGCGGAUAUCCCGAUUGGAUUAAGUAGUACUACUGUAUGUAUAAGAAAUGGCGCCUGAAUGGUACCCCACAAGUCGUCCGAUUUUGGACUGUAGUUGAAUUGUUCGCGUACGGUGGACCACCCUCAAACCAGAUUAAGUACACCAUUGUCGCCGAAUAUGUGCAAUUCAGCCCCCCUCGCAGUCUGUUUACGGUAAUGGUCACAUUGAUCACAAGUCAGAUAUCGAUGCGCGUCAACCUCUCUGCAACAGCAGUAGGUCGAACACGGGAUUAUUGUGCGUAGGGUAACACCGAACCUAGAGGUUUUGGUUUCUUCGCGCUCUGUUCGAGGCAGCGAUGGGGUACGAGAUGCACGCGGCGACUGCACGUGGAGAUAGCAAAUUGUAUCGGAAGAUAGACAUUGUACUUCGCCUAAGAAAAGCGGGUGGGUUUUGGUGUGCGUCAUCAGCUAAGCAUGAACGUAUAUGCGCCCCACACGCUUGGGAUGCUCCCCUU